AUGGGUUGGGACAAAUUUGUUGUUGAACUGCAUCAUGGGGGAAAGUUCAUGUGGACACCAAAAAUUGUUUACAAAGGUGGUAUUGUAAGUAUGAUUGAAGAUUGUGAACCAGACAAAUUUUCUUUGCUUGAGAUUAUAGACAUGUAUGUAACAGUAGGAGGAGAAGAGGUGAAUGUUGACAUAUAUUAUAGGGUUCCUGGGUACAGUUUGGACAUGGGAGUAAAGCAAAUGAGGUCAGACUGUGAUGUUAUCGAGUUACUAAAAUGUUAUGAAGACCUGCCAGUAGUUGUAAUAUACAUUGAUGAAGUUGACGUUAAUGUCAACGAACAGACUCAAAACAGUGAUACACUUGAGACUGAUUCUAAUAAUAGUGACUAUGUACUGAAUACCUCUGAAUGUUAUGACAGUGACGAGUAUAGUGAGGACCCUAGUUGGAUUUAUGAAGACCUAGAAGGUCCAGAUGAUGAUGACAUUUUUAGAAGUGACUUUCCACCUAAUGGGGCUGAAGCGUCUGUUAAUCAAGAUGUUGGACAAUCUCAAUCAACUCUAAAUGUGCAAGUGGAUGAGGAAUGGUGUGCUGAGAUAGGAAAUGAAGAGGAGCUACUUAGUCUAAAAGGGUCAUCUGAUGAAGAAGCCUCUACUGCUCCUGUCGCCAAUGUUGCUGCCUCCAAUGCUGUUGCUGCCUCAAUUGCUGCUGCUGCCUCUAGUGCUGAUGGUCAAGCCUCCACUGGUGCUGCCUUAAUUGCUCCUGCCACCAAUGUUGCUGCCUCCAAUGCUGUUGCUGCCUCAACUGCUGCUACCUCAAAUGUUGCAGCUGCCUCUAGUGCUGAUGGUCAAGCGUCCACUGCUGCACCCUCCACUAAUGGUGAAGCCUCAACUACUGCUGCNUGUAGACCUAUUAUAGCCUCCACUGAUGGUCCAGCCUCAAUUACUGUUGCCUCCACUGCUCUUGUCACCAAUGUUGCUGCCUCCAAUGCUACUACUGCCUUUAGUGCUGAUGGUCAAGCCUCUACUGCUCCUGUCGCCAAUGUUGCUGCCUCCAANGUGCAAUUUUCAAUCCUUCUCUAG